AUGGUGUUUUUUGAAGUUAAAUCAACAUCUGACGAUACACAUUUAGGUGAUGAAGAUUUUGAUAAUCGUAUGGUUACACAUUUUAUACAAGAAUUUAAAAGUAAAACGAAUAGAGAUAUAUCACAAAAUAAACGUGCUCUUCGUCGUUUGCAUACAGCAUGUGAACGAGCUAAACGUACAUUAUCAAUAUUAUCUCAAACAUCAAUUGAAAUUGAUUCUCUUCAUGAAGGUAUUGAUUUUUAUUCAACAAUAACACGUGCACGUUUUGAAGAAUUAUAUGAAAUUAUACUUGUUGGUGGUUCAACACGUAUUCCAAAAGUACAAAAAUCACUUCAAGAUUUUUAUCAUGGUAAAGAAUUAAAUAAAUCAAUUCAUCCUGAUGAAGCUGUAGCUUAUGGUGCAGCUAUUUUAAUUAGUGAUACAUCAGAUGAAGUUAAAGAUGCACGUAUUGAAGCAGCUGGUGGUGUUAUGACAACAUUAAUUAAAUGUGGUUCAAUUAUUCCAGGACGACAAACACAAACAUUUACAACAUGUGAACGUGCAAUGACAAAAGAUAAUCAUUCACUGGGAAAUUUUCAAUUGACUAGUAUUCCACUAGCACCACGUAGCGUACCACAAAUUGAAAUUACAUUUGAUAUUGAUACUAAUGGAAUAUUAAAUGUUUCUGCUGUUGAAAAAUCAAGUGGUCAAGAAAAAAAUUAUCAAAAUAGAAAAUAA